AUGGUCAGCGGCCGGAGUCGGAAGAAGAAGGUACCGAGCCCCCUAGUGAUCAGGAGAAGGCAAAUGUUGCUUGUCCACCCGCAGACACGCUGGUUAAGCUUCAGAAUUUCCCGGCCUCCUGGCUGGAGGAGGGCAGCCGCAUACUGCUUGCAGAGAGGUUGUCCAAACUGCUUGGACGCUUUGGAAAAUUGGCUCAGGAGCCCGCCGUCAGGGAGAAGGAGAGACCAGAUCCAGGAGGCCCCGUGCUUUAUGCCGCCUUCGAGGAAGCCUCUGCAGCUAUGCAGGCAGUGUCGAAGUUGGAUGGCAUGGAUCUUCGGAGCAAUUCCGAGAAGCGUGCCGCUGCAG